GGUAACUUUUUCCUGGAAUCUGUGUUGCUGAAUUAUCAAAUAGCUGCCCUGUACUCAGUGUUUGUUUUGGUUUACAGCUGAAAAAAAGAUGUCUGCAACGGAGGACGACACUGAGUUGCGGGAUCUUUUGAUCCAAACCUUAGAAAACAAUGGGGUGUUGAAUAAACUAAAGGCAGAAAUGCGCGCUGCUGUCUUCCUGGCCAUGGAUGAACAAGAUAAAGUGGAGAAUAAAACUCCACUUGUCAAUGAAAACUUGAAGAAAUGUCUUAAUACACAGGAUGGACGCCUGGUGACCAGCCUUAUCAUAGACUUCCUGCAGGUGUUCCACCUAGACUUCACGCUUGCUGUCUUCCAGCCAGAGAUAAACUCACUAAAUGGCCUGGAUAGCCGUGAGCAGGUGUCUCGUGAGCUGGGUAUCACUGAGGCCGAUAUGAAUAGGAACACUCCUCUGCUGCUGGAGCUCGUCAAGAGAGGCAGACACAGGGAGAAGACCUCCAUCUUCUCAGAGGAACUAUCCCCCAGGCAAUUAGCAGACACUCAGAAGAAGUUUGACAAUUAUGACAAGGACAGAACUGGUGGGAUAUGCAAAGAGGAUUUGAAGGCUCUGUUUGGAGAUGUCUUUCCCAACUUCAACAAGAACAUGCUGGAGAGGUUCGUCACUGAUGAACUCCGAGCCGGAGACAAAGCCUCCAGUAAAUCUAGUGACUUCCAGGAGUUUCUGGGCUUGUACAAGCGCUUCUUCAAUCAGUGUCAAAGUGUGAUCACCCAUGACACCAGUGAUGUCAUUCACAAUCCCAGUCAAUUUGUUGAGGAGAAGAUGAGCCCUUCACCUGCUAGUAAGGAUGAAGAGAUCCCCAGGUUUAAAGGACAUAAGCACAGUGCACAGGAGGAGGAGAAGGCUGACACCAAGGGCGAGGAGAUCAGCCACAGUGACACCAGCCUGAACUUCGGCUCUCUAAAGGGCAAAGGUCAGGGUCACGUGAUGUCGAGGUACAGCGAGGCGUCCGGGGACAAUGGCAACGCCCCCGUGGCGAGCCUGAAGAAGGGUCUCCAGGUAGAGGAGGAAGCAGAUGAGGGUGACUCGUUCUUUGACGACCCUCUGCCUAAACCACAGAAAACCUAUGGCUGCAGUAGUGUCCCCCUGACUAAGAGUAAUUCAGGGGCCAGUCUGUCUGACAAGAGAAACAGUCAGAAAGACUUCGUCCACUCUUUGAGGGAGGAGAGCCUCUCAGGGCGCUCCUUUAGCCCAAUGAGGAGGGGCACUAGCCUCAAUGACCUGUCUGCUCUGGGCAGUGACACAAAGGGUGACGGGGACCAGCUCUUUUCUGACUAUGAUAAUAAACUGAGCUGCUCGGGGAACAGGAGAGCAGCAGAUUUGGGCAGGGGAGCGGGCAGCAGCUCCCUGGCCUCCCAGAGGAGUGUUGCAGGUGGGGGGUCCCACUCAGGAGAAGCCCACCACAGAGACCUCUCAGGUAGCAGGAACGGUACUUCAAACUCCAAAGACAAAGGAUUCAAAGACUUUAAGACGAUGAACAAUAAAACUGGAUCUUCCGUGCAGGAUGAUGACGUUGACUAUGACGAUGACUUUAACAGCCAUCGAUCAGAUAUCUCCAAGAGCGAGGUGAGCAUCGGAGAAGAGAUCGAGGAGGUUUCCAUCGAGGGACCUGACAACAGCGAUAAGUUUGAUGAGAUCACUCAGGACCUCAGUGUAUCUCAGCUCAGCCAGACUCAAGGAGCUGACUACAUGGAGGAGGUGGCAUGACAGUCCAUCAGCCUUACACCACACAGGACAUUUCUACUACGUUAACUACUAUUUAUGUUAUGUGUGUACCGGAGGAGGCUAGUGGGAGGAGCUAUGUGAGGAUGGGCUCGUUGUAAUGGGUGAAAUGGAAUCUUUGGAACAGAGUCAAACGUGAUUUCCAUAUGUUUGAUCUGUUUUGAUACCGUUCAGUUAAUUCCAUUCCAGUCAUUACAAUGUGCCCAUCCGCCUAUAGCUCUUCCCACCAGCCUCCUCUGGUGUGUACAUAAUUUGUGUACAUUUGUGUUCACGGACCUAAUAAAAUGACCACUGUUACCCAGA